AUGUUCCGGAGGCCCCGUGACAGGGAGGCUGUUGUGUCCUUGGAGGCAUCUGCCUCCUCCAAGAAGCCAUGGACCCCACCUGAUCGGAGGGGCGAGAAGUGGCGUCGCGUUCCAUCCAAGCCCGUGGGCUUUCUCCCUGCUGCUUCCUACGAGCAUCAGCCGCAGGUGAACAUCGCCUUUGGCUUUCCAUCCCUCCAGAGGACCGAGAAGACAGAGGAGGAAGCUGUGAGGAAGGAGCAGGUCCGGCCUGAGGAGAGCGUCAGCUGUGUCACGGACAACUUUCAAGCGUUCAUAAGUCACGAGGAGAUGGACACUGAGGAGAGCCUGCAGGAAACGGUUGAGCUCGUCUUCAAGAGGGCCGUGAAGAAACCAGACUCUGCUGCAGUCUUCGCCAAUCUGUGUCAGCACCUCUCAACAGCAGAGUUUAAGAAGAACUUUGACAGGGAGGACAUUUCACGGAAGGGGGGGUCCUGCCUAGAGCCAGUCAGGGACGUGAGGGUUAUUGAUCGACUGAGGGAAGAGAAGAACAACGCCAAACCCUCCUGUCGCUCCAUACAUACCAUCCGGUUUAUUGGGGAGCUGUUCCUCUCCAAGGUUCUGGAUGACAAAGCCAUGCACUACUGCAUCAGGAGGCUGCUGCAAAAUGGUGACGGGCCGUCUCUCGAGAGCCUCUGUUGCUUGAAGAUCAUGGAGGACCGAGAAGCAUUUAAUUAUAGGCCAAGAAGAGUUGCUGCCAGUUUUCAGUCUCAGCCAGACUUUGAGUCUAGCUCCCAGUUUGAUCUACCAGUUUACAGCGGUGCUUCUGGGCUGAGUUCUCAGAAAGAUGCACACGCCUCUGAAGACCAUGACCAGGCGGAAGAGGUGUUACUUUCUAAAAGAAGUGACAGACUCAGAAAGGAAAGGGCUUCCGACCCCAAACCUAAAGAUAAACCUGGUUUCUUUAACUUACAGUUGGGAGAUGAGGAUGAAGACUCAGAUGAUAAGCCAACCGUCUUCUCUCUCCCUGGCGUGUCACCUGGUGAAAGCAUAACCCUGGAUGAAGAGAUCAUCCUGAACCAGAUCAAGGACUUCGAGAUUGAAGACAAUAGCACAAAGCCUGAAGUCUGGCAAAGUGAGUGGCACAAGAAACACAUGGCAGCAAUAAGUAGUGAGAAGUUUGACAGCCUCCUGAAGAUGUUUCCUGAAUUCCACGACUCCAAGAGCCACAUGGCGGCAUUUGUUUUGAUAAGGGAAGUGUUGGAUACUGCAGGUCGACCCUGUGAGCAUUACAAGGUGGUUGCACUGGGGGAUGGACGUUCAGGCUGCAACCAGCAACUUCGCUACAAUGGGACGAUGGUCCAUGACUGCAACGCCAUCAUCAUCGCCAGACGGGCUCUCCUAAGGUUUCUGUACAAACAGCUUCUGCUCUUCUUUGAUGCUGAUCCAAAUGCCAAGGAGAAGUGUAUUUUUGAUAGCAGUGCAGAAAGCCAUCAGCUUCAGCUCAAACCCAAGAUCAGCCUGCACCUCUACACCAAUCAGUGUCCUGAAGGAUCCGCCAAGGACUUCUGCUUCAAGGGCUCUGUGAACAACUCUUGGACAGCAAUGAAGCUGCUGUAUCAUGCCAAGGGCCAGCUGGUCCCUAUAGCUUACCUUGAACCAAGUUUCUGGGGCGCUAAAGUCUGCUGCAUGUCCGGUAGUGACAAGCUGUGUUGCUGGUCUUUCACUGGGGUUCAGGGUGCAUUACUGAGCCACUUCAUUCAGCCACUCUACAUCACCAGCAUGGUGCUAGGGGGCCAGAAGGUCGUUAACGUAGAGGGGUCUGAUGUCACCGACGUGGAUGGUGAUGCAUGGGAGGAGUUUCUGCCGCCAUCCUACAAGAAACACAAGAUCGUCUGCCUCGGUGGCGACUACGUGGGGCCUGUUGUGACCUCCUCACGGAACAAGAACCUCAGCAUCAACUGGUGCCUUGGUGACAAGGAUAUUGAAGUUCUGGACAGUCGCAAGGGCUACAUUGUUGAUGGCUCUCCCUAUAUCAGUGGGCCUGGCUUUUCCAGCAGACUUUGCAAGAGAGCCUUCUACAAUUACUUCCUCAGAGUUGCAGAGCUGGGCGGGCACAGCUAUCUGCUGGAGCUUCCCACCUACCACAGCGUCAAGGUGGAAGCCGAAGUCUACCAGACGGUCAAACUUCUGGUCAAGCAACAGUUUGUAAACAUCAAUGUAGGUCCGUGGAAUUCAAAAGAGUUGGUGGAUUGCUUUCAUGCUUGA